GGUGUGAGGCCAACAUGGCAGCCCCGGCGCGUAUGGCGAACGUUUUGGAUCCACAAGUGAAAACGAGAUCGCUCGAGAAAUCCUUGCUGCCGCUCGUCACUCAGAUCAGCACGUUGGUGACCUCGCCGGGAGAGCGGAGCCGGGCCGGGUCAGAGAAGACAGCGCGGGCGUUAUGUCGCGUGGGUCAGGCCGUGAACGUGGCGGUGGAUCGGUUCGUGACGGUCGGAGAGACGAUAGCGGACGACAACCCCGAAAUCAAGGUCGAGAUGUACGAGGCCUGCAAGGAAGCCAGGGCGGCAGGUCUGGCCAUCGAGAAGCUGUGCGAGACGGCCGAAGCCAACCUCGAGCCGGGAAUGGUCGUGGGCGGGGUGGGCGGAGGGGGCGGCAGCAGGCCAGAGUACCGCGCCUCCAUGAUACGAGCCGCCCGCUGCCUCCUCUCCUCCGUCACGAGGGUGCUCCUGCUGGCGGACACGGUGGUGGUCAAGCAGCUCCUUCUCGCCAAGGAUAAGGUGACCCACAGCUUGUCGCGGCUGGAGAGCGUUACCAACUUUACCGAGUUCGUGAAGGCGUUCAGUCACUUCGGCGCCGAGAUGGUGGAGUUGGCACACCUGACGGGCGACCGGGCGGCGGACAUGAAGGACGAGAGGAGACGGGCGCAGAUGGCGGCGGCGCGGCAGGUGCUCGACCGGUCCACCAUGAUGCUCCUCACGGCUUCCAAGGUGUGUCUGCGGCACCCGGAAUGCCUGACGUCGCGGGAAAACCGAGACACCGUGUUCUGCCAGAUGCGUCGGGCGAUGGACCUGAUUCACUACGUGGUCAAGGACGGGGUGCUGGACUCGGUCAACGCGCAGGGCGAGGCCAGGGUCAACGGCCAGAGCCCCGCCGAGUCCCCUGGUACCCUCAAGGCUCGCCAGGAGGACUGGGACGCGAACCACACCAUGUACGGCGCCAUUCGCUACCUCGAGGACUCCGUGGAGAUGACGCGCAUGACUCUCUGCGGACCCGCCGUCAGGGACCGCCUCUGCCAGGCAGUGGACACGAUCUGCGAGCGGAUGCAGGAUUUCACGGACUCCGCCUACACGUCCCACGAACACCGGGAAAACAUCCUUCUUCUCACGGACAGAAUACGCCUUGAACUCAACCAGCUCCUGCGCGUCGGGGUCAACUUGGAGCAAAAGGAGCCCCUGUCCCCCGGAGACGACCUGGAGACGGCCAUCAACGCGGUGCUGGCGGCCACGAGGGACAUGAAGAUCCAACUGCAGAACACGGCGCUCGUUCAGGCCGAGGAGCUGGUGAGAGGCGCGUGCGAGGAGAGCGAGCUCAUCAGCGCCCUCAAGAACGCCGGCCUCGCCACGGACCAGGAGAGGCUGGACGAGUACGCGGACCGAUUCCUCGAACACAUAGAGCACAUACAGGAGGUCUGCAAACUGCUCCGCCACAUAGCCACGACAGACUCCCUGCAGGUGGCCGCGAAAUACGGCGAGAUCAACCUGCGCAUCUACGGCCCGCAGGUGGUGACGGCGGCGCAGACACUGUGCCUGUACCCGACGUCCAAGAUCGCCAAGGAAAAUGUCGAAGUGUUUGCUGACAUGUGGCUCAAUUUGGUGGGAGACGUGAAGAGCUUGACCAAGGACAUUGGCGACCAGAUAGCUGCCGAGAGUAAACCACCGGAGAAGCAGGUGUACAUGUCUCUGCCGCGCCCGGGGAAACACGGCACCACGCCCAAGCCCCCGAAGCCAACCAAGCUAGAUCAGGAAGAACAAGCUAAACUUGCCAAGUCUGGCUUGGAUAUGAAGCUCAUGGCCUCCGAGGUGGACCAAGAGACGGAGAAGUGGGAGGAGCGCAUCACCCAGGACGAGGACAACGACAUCGUGAAGCGAGCCAAGAACAUGUCAUCGAUGGCCUUCUCCAUGUACCAGUUCACGCGGGGGGAGGGGGCGCUGAAGACCACGCAGGAUCUCUUCACGCAGGGGGAGUACUUCGCCGAGGAGGCCAACAGACUCUACAAAGUCGUUAGACAGUUCUCCUAUCAGAUCUGGUGGUGCAUCAUAUCAGCCUUGGAAUGUCUAGUACAAUCACAUAAUUUAGACCAAUUAUACUCUGACACUGAGUUAGUUCUCUAUUUAAAGAAACUUCCUAACUCCCUCAGUUCUUCCAGAGCCUUACCAGAGACUGCUUGGCCAAUCCUGUACUCCUCCCGAUUCUAA